UUGGUUCCUUUUCGCGGAAAUUUCGCUUCAAUUUCGUUCAGUCGUUUUUGGUCAGCGUUAUGAAAACUGUUAUUAUCACUCUGCUUUUGGCCUUUGAGGUUUUAGCUGAGCAGCCACGGGCUUUGAACAGCUUGUGCUCGUACUUAGAUGAAGGAAAUGAUACGGCUUCCAAUCUGGGCAAUACCAAGAAAUGCUUCGCACGCUAUUUACCCGAGUUGGAAAACCAAGGAUCCACCUGGUCGCAGGGGUACAGUGACUGCCAAGAAUGCACCACCAAUGAUCGACAGUCUGUUCUAGCAGAUGCCUUUGAGGCACAGGAAAAGAUUCGGGAAGUCGCCUUAAGCAUUAGUUCCUUUAUAGACCAGUGUUUGUCCCUCACGGAUUCCCUGGAAUUUUUCACCUGCUUUGCCAAAAUGUCCAAGACGCAGCUGACCAAUGUGUACAGUAUUUCCUAUAAUUCCUCUGAGCAGGCCUUAAUCCUGAAUCAGAAAUUGAGCCGCAUAGAAAUGGAGCAUUAUCAGUGUACAAAUGAAACCGAACAUAAUUAUGUCCAAGGAACGGAUCAGAUCUUCCGAUCGUUGGAUCGUUGCUUGCAGCAGAAUGAAGAAAAAUAACUUUUAUGAACGUUACAUUCGAUGUUAAUAUCUAAUCUAUGGCAACGUCUCUAUUUACUGCAAUAUAUCAAAAGCUGACUGUAUCAGUAUUUGUUCUUUUAUAUUUAUAACACAUCUACAUUGUUCAUACUUUUAAGUUUUAGAGGUUAAUUGAGAUUAUAUAUUUGUUUUAAGAACUAAAUAUUGAAUCAGCUGAUUAUCUUUAAUAGAAUACAUUGUUUGUCCUAAA